AAUAAAUGUCAUUAUAAGGGUUAUAAAGUAUAUGUACCGACCUACAUCAGUUAAUCAAUCAAUUCAUCACUCAAUCAUGUAGGUAAGUACCACACGCAUGCAUGUAAGUCAUCUUGCCUCCAUUUUCAAUCUAAAUCCCUAAAGCGCAUAUUCCCAUCUUCCUCUCACAUUUCGAGAUCAUUUUCGUCUUACUUUUCCACUUUCUCCCUUUUACUUCCUCCACCAUCCACCCAAUUACAAUUCCUCACGGCAGACACUCCAAUGCGACAUCAGGUCGACGUAAUCGUCAGAUCAGCCAGCAAAACUUAUCCAAGAUCGAUGUCCCGUAGCCAAAAAGGGGCAUUUUUAACUAAAGUCCACGUAAACUCCCGUCAACUCGACUCUUUCUUUACAGCGCGACAUACGACAGGUUCGGGAAAUCCAUCAGGCAUCUUACUCGCUCUCUCCAACUUCCAACUUGUCCUUAUCAUCAUCAUCAUCAUCAUUAUCCCUACUUACUAUUAUCAAAAAAUAAAUGUGGAGUCAUACUUCUGGAUAGCAACAGAACACAACAUUCGAGGUGUUGUGAUACUUAUGUACCUUUGCAUAUGGAAAGAAAGGUAAGAUAUCCAAGUGGAUAGCACAAAUACCAAGCAUUGAACGUUCAUCCACAACAUCUGCGCCUAGGAAGCCAACCGAUAACUCCCAGGCAGGCGGGUUAGGGCCAAGAAGUAAUAUUCACCCCUCCUCGCCUUGUCUUCACUUCCAAUCUUUCUUCUAUUUCUUCCCUUCACUUACUGGUGGCCACAUUGAGAAGGUAGCUCUAGGGACUAUAUGUGAGUAGGGCGGGAUUGUAAAUUUAUUCCUAUCAGGCACGCAAUUUAAGCCGUCCUGGCCGUCAAGUUACGGGCUACAUUAACUACCGAUGUGGCUUACACAUUUUUAACACAUACACAUAUACCUAGGGAUAUACCUACAUUGUAUGGAUUGUAUGGAUGUACCCGCGCGCACAAUUUCCAUUUUCACCUCCACCUCUUAUUUUACCUUGGGGUACUUUUGUCCUUUUUUUACUUACUGAGGUCGAAUGGUACGGUAUGAUGAUGAUAAACAAGAACAAGAUCCGCAAAGUCUUCGUUCUAGCCGAGAGUCAUAUGUACUCCAACAGGAAAAGAACACCCAGAUUGCUCCAAAAGGGUACUAAAACCGUGGGGAAAAACAACAUCAAAAGGCAACAAGGCCAGCAAGACCUACGGGAGUGAUACAAUAUCGUAUUCUUGGCGAACUUGGCGCGCAUACUUCGCGUAGCCAAGAAGUGUUGACGGGGCAAGGAUUGCUCUCCUUUCCAACGUUUUCCACGCUGAUGACACAUCUGUGCAACUCCUUCUUGCGUUGCGGAAAAGAUAACAAGGAAAUUAGGCACGUAGCACGACAGUCGUUCUGCCUGGUCUGCCUGGGCUGGUUAUAGCCACACGACAUAUCUCCGGAUUCUUCUAUUUUGCACUACUGCUGCUU